CCUCAGAAUCAAACCGUAUUCAUGAAUUGCUUUAAAGUUUAAAAGUGUGAAGAAAAUAAGGGUGAAUGUGAAGCUGAGCACAAAGCCGGGCUAGCUUUUAGCUUCAGCUAAAACGCCGAAGGACAGGCAGCCUGUCAGGGUGAAGACAGACGGUCCCCACCUUGGCUUUUGAUCCCCUGUCCCGCCGUCCAAAGCUCGGGCAGGGCAGCCAGGGGCAGCUAUGAAGGGCUGGUGAGCAGAAGCCGCACAGCACUCGGGAUACAACCCGCUUUUCAGGUCGGUUUUAGGAGGCUGGUCCGCACAGAAGAGCUAAACAUGAGGAACUGCAGGCGACUGCUGUCCGAGCUAAAGCUGUGGACGUCAGGAAGAAGUAAAUGGACGAGAGGACUUAAUGAAGGCCUCGGUGGGAGUGGAAAGGCUUUUUUGUCUACUUCUAGCUGUCCAAAGGUGUGUAUCGUUGGGAGCGGUCCGGCAGGUUUUUACACGGCGCAGCAUCUUAUCAAGGCCCGUCAGGAUGUCGAGGUGGACAUCUACGAGCGACUGCCCGUCCCCUUUGGCCUGGUCAGGUUUGGAGUGGCCCCUGAUCAUCCUGAAGUCAAGAAUGUCAUCAAUACUUUUACUCAAACAGCCAAACAUUCCCGCUGUAGUUUCUAUGGCAAUGUCAACGUCGGGAAGGAUGUGACCGUCGGCGAACUGCAGGGGGCGUACCACGCAAUCGUACUGAGUUACGGGGCGGAGGGCAACAGGACGAUGGGGGUGCCGGGCGAAGACCUGCCCGGCGUCUACUCCGCCAAAGACUUUGUGGGCUGGUACAACGGCCUGCCCAGCUGCCGAGAGCUCAAACCGGACCUGAGUUGCGAAACAGCCGUCAUUCUAGGACAAGGCAAUGUGGCCUUGGAUGUAGCUAGGAUACUGCUCUCUCCUUUAGACAUCUUAAAGAAAACGGACAUAACCCAGCCAGCCCUGGAAGCCCUCGCCGAGAGUCGGGUUCGGAAGGUGCUCAUAGUCGGCAGGAGGGGACCCAUGCAGGUCGCAUGCACAAUCAAGGAGCUCAGAGAAAUGGUGAACCUGCCAGGAACCAGGCCCGAGAUGGUGACAGCUGAUUUUGACGGCGUCUCAGAAGCCCUUAAAGGCGUCCCGCGGCCCAGGAAGCGUCUCACCGAGCUGCUGCUGAAGACGGCCCUGGACGCGCCCGGAGACAAGGAGCUGGAGAGGCGGAGAAAUGCCGCCAAGGUCUGGGGGUUCCGAUUCUACCGGAGCCCCACUGAGAUCUUAGCCGACCCCGGCCGCAGCCGAACGGCCGGCAUCCGACUGGCGGUCAACAGGCUGGAGGGGUCAGGAGACGCAGCUCGGGCCGUUCUGACCGGAGAGGUAGAAGACGUUUCCUGCGGUCUGGUCAUCAGCAGUAUCGGCUACAAGAGCCUCCCCAUCGAUCCCUCCGUGCCGUUCGACUCCCGCAGAGCCGUCGUGCCGAACUCAGUGGGCCGGGUUCACCAAGCCGCAGGCUUGUAUUGCAGCGGUUGGCUGAAAACGGGCCCCACGGGUGUGAUAGCCACCACUAUGAACAACAGCUUUGACACGGCCCGGUCCCUGCUGGAGGACAUGGACUCUGGAGCGUUGGACGUGUCGGCUGCCAAACCCGGAUCGCAAGCAGUCAGCAGUCUGCUGGAGGAGCGAGGAGUGAAACCAGUCACCUUCUCAGACUGGGAGAAGAUCGACAGCUUGGAGACAAGGAGGGGGGAAGCUUGCGGCAAACCCAGAGAGAAACUGCUGAGCGUGGAAGAAAUGCUGAAGGUGGCCCGGUCGUAACGGACACGCAUCAGGCGGAGUCCAGGAGAAUGACGAGACAGUGACGGCACUGGUUACUGUAUCCAUGGGACCAGAUUCGUACGGUACAAAUGUAGGGUAUGACAUCAACGUCUUUAUAGGUUGAUGCUUCCAGCACAAAGAUAAAUAUUCAAAGUCAGUUUCAGCUGAAAUAUAAUAUGGAACAGGGGUGUCCAACAUUUCUGGCUCUUGAAAUGAUUUUUGACUACAAGUAAAAAAAUUGUAAAAAAAUUAAUAAAUAAAAUAAAAAAUGUGGUCAACAAAAUGGAAAGCAAUAGAUUAACCAAACAAUUUGGAAAUUAAAUGUUUUCCUUUCAAUUAAACAACAUUCCAAAACAAUUUUUAUGUUUUGGACCUUUAAUAAUACCCAGAUUUUACACAUAAAAAUUGUGUACGUUCACAUUUUAUCUUUAGGUUUCUACUUGUAGAAACUCCACCUGUGGUGUAAUUAGAUGACUUCUGGUGGCAAUUUGAUUGCAGGGAUUUUUUCAGGGGCUGGGUGGAGAUUACCAAAUCAAAGGAUAGAUGAAAAUGCACACCACACUUUUCAGACACAUUUAGGACAAUAUAUUGAUAGAUUGUAAAGUAAGCUGAAUACUGCAGGUCAAACUUAGCAGUAUUGUUUUUGUGUUUGGUCAGUCACAUAAAGUCCCUGCGCCUUGUGACUAUAAAGUACAAACAAGUCAGAAAGGCAAGGCACUGUGUGUAUAAAAAGUCAGCUGUUUCCUGGGUGUGUCUCGAAAACUGCAACAUUUGGAAGUGGAGCAAUGGAAGUCUCCGGUUUUGGUCCCCAGUGAUGUCGUCCUGCUGCACUGGAAGCUCAGCAGACAUUGACUCUAAUAUGAAAAAGACUUUUUGUUCCAUGUUCGCUAAUGUUUUUAGAUUUUGUAAACAGAAAUAAUGGAUUUAAAUAAAACGAUAAAUCCUCUGGGUGAUGCUUUUGUAACUUGGAGGAGGGAGGAAAGUGGAAACUAAAUCAUUCCUUCACAAAAUGAGAUGGUGGCGGUAAUGUUCACAUAUUAACCUGUAAUUUCGUUAACUUGGUCCAGAAUCAGCUAGUUUAUUCUUCCAAUGCAGGUGACUAAUCAGUAGAGUGACACUGCCCCCUGCUGGAUGAGUCUAGGUUACAGUCAAUUCAAGUGAAUAGGAGCGAUUUAAGCACUCGGUUUACCAGAGUGAGGUUAACUGUUUAUUAGAUACAGAAAAAUAUUUGAAGUUUGUUUUUUCUUUGUAACCAUAUAAUUUACUUUACUUGGGGUGGUCAGUCUCAUUUUUAUUGGUCAGUAUAUUAUUAUUAUACUGUUACUUUGCUAUUUUGAUUCACAUUCAGACAUCUUUGGUGCAUUGUAUGACUGGAGACGGUUUUUUGUUUGCCAGAUUCGUUUGAAUUCAUUGUGUCCAUUUAGCAAUUCAUUAAACUGAAAAUAAGGCCGAAUAGAACAAAUAGAACAAAUCUGAAAAGAAAACUGGAAUAAGAUGCAUUUUAAGCUAAUCUGAAGAUAGACACCUGAGUUGCACUGACCCAUCUGCAGAAAAUAAGGUAAAUGCAUCAAAUUUGUACUACAUUUCAAUAAAAUAUUUGUUUUUACUAUAGAAUUGUUUAGGUUUUUUUUUUUAAUAACAAAAGAGAUGUAACAUUUCUGGCCCACGACUACUUUUAACUUUACAAUUGUGCUUUUACCAGUCGCACUGAUGGCACUGUUAGUAAGAGUUAGACAAAAAUUGACACUUUUAAUGAACUUU